AUGAGUUAAGGACCACCUCAAUCAUUAAUGAUGGGCUCUCCUGUAUUUUUAGGUAACGGGAAACAUUCGGGGAGUUCCUCAGCGUUAGGGCUAUAAACCCAGCCUCAUACUUCUACAUAAAAGAAAAAUUAGCAUAAUUAAUUAAUGAUUCAUGGAGCUUAAUCAGAAAAGCGUCUCAAUAAAAUUAAAUUUAAUGGCAACGGCAACAGCAUUGGAGAAACUACUUAAAAUUCAGCUUCAUCAAUUUCAUACAAUCAGUCAAACUAAAAUUAAGCACCCUUUUUAUAACCAAUAUCAUAAGACAAAAAUUAAUAGUAUUAAAUGUAUCCCUUAAAUAACACCAAUUCUAACUAAUCUGGCACUAUUAAUUACAAUGAGCCUAGGGAGUAUUAUUUGUAAUUGCAAGUUGGAAAUCACGCACAGUAGUAGUAACGCGAAGCUUCGAAUGAAAUGAUAAAUUUAAACGGAAGUUAAAAUAACACUGCCCAAUUCCAAAAUUUAAACAUAAACAAUAAUCUAAGCAAUUUGAAUAUGAAUUCAAUCUAAAAUGGAAACCAAUAAGUGUAAUCAUUAGUAUUAAAAUAGCUCUCAAAUUCAAGAAAUAAUUCAAGUCAGAAGCAUUUGAUCAAUUAGAAAAAGCAAAGAGCAGAUUCACAAUAAAAUCUUAAGACUCGUUUAAGCAACUAGAACAUAUCCUCUAACGUUCAGCUCAAUAGCUCACAAAAAAAAAAUUAAGCAGGAUUAGGCAUAAGUUUCAAUAAUUAAGGAACAGGAAAUUAAUAUUUAUGGAAGAAUGGAUUACACAAAUCGUUUUUGUCAACAUAAGUUCCAUCUGGAAACUCAAUUACUUCUUAUAAUGGAAAUUAAGUAGGUUCAGCGUUAUCUACUUAGAAGGCUGCUCACUAACUAACAAACCUAUAACCUUUGUCGAAUAGCUAACAAAGUGUGAAUCCGAUGCACUAGUCAGUGAAUUUAAACAAUUAGAGUGGCAAUCCUCAGCAGCACAUGCUCAUGUCUUAACAGAAUACAAACACACAUUAAUAAAUGGUCUUAAAUUUAAUGAUUUAACAAUAGUAAUAAUAGCAUGACUCUCCAUAAUAGCAUUAAUAAUAAUAAAAUCAAUUGUAAUAGCAAUAAAUUUCAUUGUAAGGAAUUUAACAGCUAAUUUCAAAGACUAAUUAAGGAAAAGGAAUAUAGUUAGGCAAAAGCAGUGGAAUUCCUUAAUCAAAUCGCAAUAAUGAUUUAAGAAGCAGCUAUGAUUAAAUUUAAACACAAAAAAACUCCAUUAUAAUUAGUCGAAAUAAUCAUUCCAACAAUGAAAACAUGAAAUUAAUGAAUGACUUCUAAAUAUACACUCCCUAAAAUAAUUUGUUAGCAAAUAACGAAAAUUACAAUUAAGCCAGCAAUAUAAACUCUACCAAUCUUCCAAGCACAACAAGUAAUAGCAAAUAAAAUCCAUUUUAUAACAACACAGCUACAAAAAACAAUGGUGCUAAUAGCAGUAUAAGACUAAACUCAGCAUCUAAAACAAAUUCUCGUGGAACAGUUAGUGGAACCUUUAACACCACUUCACACUCUAAUUUGUUAAUGGGAAUAAAUAAAGGUCUAACUAUAAACAACUAAGAAGACUCAAGAAGAUAAAAUUCAGCACCUAAAUAAUAAAACUUUAACAUUCAUACUUUUAAUUAGCAAAGAAAUUUCAAUUUAAAAACCGAACCAUCAACCGUUCCUAUUUCUGCUGUUUAAAACAUGUCCUCAUUAUAAUAAGGAGUAUUAGGUUCCUAACAAAAACUUUACACUUACGAAGGCUCCUUGAAUCAAUCCAAAGCCAACUAAAACUUUAUAAAAAUCGAAUAAAGCAAUGAAGAAAAUAUUUAUAAUUUAUAGUUUUAAAACUAAAUUUAAUCUUCCUCUAUAAAAAAUGGUAUAGCUUAACAGCCUUACAACUUAAACACAAUUGAUAAUCAAUCCUCUCAAGAUACAGCUUCCUAGAUGUCUAAGUAAACAAAUAGCAGCAAAUAAGGAAACCUUAGCCAAAGAAAUGGAUCUAAAGAGUAAAAAGACAAGUAAACAGCAUAGUCACUUUCUAAACAAAACACUACAGAGUAGUUAUCAAAAGAGUAGUUGGAUUAGGAGGAAUCUUUAAUUUUGAACAAAUAGAAAAUAAUUCAAAUAUACUAGUAAUAACAAUAAAAAAAGAAAAUGUCUAUAUUAGAAAAAGCUUUGAAGGAAGAAGAUAGUGAUAAUGAUGAAGAUGAAAUUCAAUUAGAUUUAAAUGAGAAAUAUAAGUAAAAAGUUAAGAAAACUUAAGAUUCAGAUAGAAAUUGCUAAAUAAAUUUGAAGUAUAAAAAUGAGACUAUUCACUAUGAGUUUAGGACUAAGGAAAAGAAUGUGGAAUGGUUAUUCAACUUCAUACUCCGUAGACUAUACUAUUAUGAAAAAAAUGUUUUAAAAAAUGAAGAUGAAGAAAAUAUAACUCAGAGUUUGUAAUAGAUUGUUUCUUUUGUUUCUUCGUCAUAAAACAUAGCUGUUACUUAUUAUUUGACUUAAAAAAAGAGACCUAUUUCAAUAUUUAACAAUAAAUGCAUGCACAUUCAACCUCUUUACUAUGAUUUUAAUUUAGAUACUAUAGAUAAUACCUUUUAGUAUAGAGAAGUCGGACUUGAAUCAUUUCACUUGAUAAGAUGUAUUGGGUUAGGUGGCUUUAGCAGAGUUUAUUUAGUAUAAAAAAAAGACACAGGCAAGAUGUUUGCACUAAAACUUAUUGACAAGAAGUUUAUCAUUGAAAAUAAAAAGGAAGUUAUUGUUUAGAAUGAGCGUAAUAUUAUGGCCAGCAUUGCACAUCCUUUCUUGCUUAAGUUAGAGUAUUCAUUUGAAAGUAAAAGCUAUCUUGGUUUUUGUAUGGAGUACUGUGCAGGUGGUGAACUCUUCUAUCAUCUUCGUCGUAUUAAAAGAAUGAGCGAAGAAAUGGCUCGCUUUUACUUUGUAGAAAUCUGCUUAGGAAUAGACUACCUUCAUAAAAGGCACAUCAUCUACAGAGACAUUAAACCAGAAAAUAUUCUUUUAGAUCUAGAUGGACAUGUCAGGAUAGGUGACUUUGGUCUUUCUAAACCGGAUAUGGAUAUUAAUGAGCAUGCUUAUAGCUUUUGUGGCUCUCCUGAAUACAUGGCUCCUGAAAUGCUGAUGAAAGUGGGCCAUACUUACACUGUCGACUUCUACUGUUUGGGAGCUUUACUUUAUGAAUUAGUAACUGGUCUUCCUCCUUUUUACAGCCAUGAUACAGAUGCGAUAUAUUAAAGGAUAUUAUCAGAAGAUCUAGAUUUUCCAGAUCACGUUGAGCUCUCAAUUGAAUUAAAAAAUUUAUUAAAAGGAUUGCUAGCUAAACAUCCUCAAAAUAGACUAGGUAUCAAGAAUGGUAUCAGAGAUAUUUUAGCCCAUUCAUGGUUCAAGCCCAUUAAAAUUGGAGAUGUCCUUGAGAAAUUAAUUGAACCUCCUUUGAAACCAAAUGUUUUAGGUUUUAAUUUUGAUGAAGAUGAAUUUAACUAAGGAGAAAAAGAGUUUCGCAAAAAACUGUUAAAUUGCUAAGUUGGAUAAGAUGAAGAGCAUCUCCCUAAAAUAUUUGAAGAAUUUUACUUCGAUUCAAACUUAAAUCGUAUUAAAAAGUAGAAGCAACUUUAAUUGUAACAAUUAAAACAAUAAAGAGAGUAGCAACAAUUAUAAAACUAGAAACUUUUACAAUAACAAUAAUAGUAGAAAUAGCAAUAAAAUCUUAUUUUUCAGAUUUAGUAGCAAUAACUCAAACAUUCAUAAUAGCAAAAAAUUUUAUAACAGUUAAAUUCCUAGCCUUCAACAACUCAAGGAUCUUACGAGAUGAAUAAUUUCGUUUAACGUAAAGGCAGCUCUUCAAAUAACCAAACAUAAAUAAGCCAAAUGACACUCAAUCAAACAAACAGCAGUCCUUACACAAAACUUGAUACCGAGGGAUCUCUGCCUCUAUAGCAAUUAAACUCUCAUUUACUAACCCAGACAGGCAUGAUGAGACACAAUACAGAAGUCAGUGAUAGCAACAAUACCUAUCAAAAUAACAAUGGAAAAGUCCAAAAUGAGAAUUAAAUUUAUCAGUAAUAUUUAUGGCAACAAGCCUAAGUUAAUAAUAAUUUCAAUAAGCCUACACAUAUGAAAUAAUCAAAUAGCUUGGGCUAAAAGUAAAAGUCUAGUAAGUUGGUUUCGAAAUAACACUUAAAGGCUAAUUCUGCUAUGAAGCUUUAAACUAAUAAUUUCAUGAAUAAUUUUAGUCAUACAUCAUAAUAAUCGCAUCUUCUACUCUAACAGCAUCAUUAGUAGCAACCUCUGUAAGUUUAGUAAUCAAAUAAUCAUUAUUAAUAACAAAAUUAACAAAAUAACAAAAGAUUAAAAACUGAAGAAAUGGAAUACAACGAAGAAAAUAGUGAUUAAUAAGAAGAUUAGGCCUAUUACAAUAGUUCAAACCGUAUUUUGACAGACAUAAAUCGUCGUAGUCGUGCUUUGGUCAAAAUAAAUGGAACAAAAUCUAACUAAUUACAAAAAAAUCCAUCAUCAAAAUAAUUUUCUUCUUCUUCAAGUAAGUCUUCUCUUUAAAAUUAAUAACACGGUCUCCAGUAGCAUUCAAUUGUUAUAUCUAAUCUGAAUUCGUAUGGAAAGAAUCUGGGCAACUCAGGUUAAAUUAACUUUGGAGGAAUCUAAGGAAUUAAUUUAAAUGGUUAACAAAUAUCUGCUUAGCAAUAUAAUUCAUAAACUGGUAAUUAGACUCAGUAAGUUAACGGAGUAAACGCUAACUUAUCCCCAACAAAGAAUAUAAUUAUAAAUAACACUGCUGUUUCAACUAAAAUUUAUAAUCCACUUGACUUCAUUUAUCAGAAUUGA